AUGAGCGAUGUUGGAGGAGACUCUCACAGAUUCUCUCGCAGUCUGUCGGUCAUGAAGACCAAGCUGCCCCGGCUCCCCAGGAGAACCAACUCCCUGCACCAGGAGGAGAUGAUAAAGAGGCGACUGGUGGAGAUUAAAGACCUCAGUGACUCUGUGGGUGGUGAGACUGCGGAGGACACAAGCUUGGUUACUAUCGAGAUCUCUAAAGAGCUCUACAAAGAAAUCACAAAGCGCUCUAUCCCUGUAUCCAACUCAUCUGCGUUUAACUCUUUAAAUGGUACAAGAUCCUCCGCAGCCUCUAAUCCUCUGAGUCCCACACAGCACCCCCCUGAUGGUAGGCCAGGGUCCAGCAGCUCUUCCCCACAGAAAGCUCCCUCAGAGGGAGAUACAUUUGAAAAGACCAUGUCCCCCUCCAGUGGGUACUCAACGCAGAGUGGAACGCCGACACUCUCCCUCAAGGGGAUCUGCCCUUUCGCCUCGCCAGGUAAACACCAGAAGAUGCCGAUCAAACCGGAACGUUCUGGUUCAAGAGCUUCCUCCUCGGCAGCCUCUGUCUCGUCUUCCCUCAACUCCCUGUCUUCAGUCACAUCAGAACACAUCAAUCAAGAGGCUUCAAAAAGCAUCUCUAGCACACCCCAGCAGGCCUCCCCACCUCCGCCUCUAAGGACAACAGAAAAGCCACCAACGGUGACCACGGUGACCCCGACCCGUUGCUCUGCAUCCAUGGCGAUCAGAGAGCUGCUUAACAUUCCGCCACCCCCCAACAUCAAAGCCCCUUCCCCGCCACCCCCGGAAACCUGGGCCCACAACAGACACACCUUCGAACUGCUGUGCGGUCCUUGCCCCAACGUCAACAGGCUAGCACAGCUCCAGAGGCAACAGGAACUAAAAGAUGAAGCUGACAUCAUUAAGCAAAAGCAGGAACCUCAAACUGAAGCUAGCAAAGAGUCUCAAGGCUCAGAUGAAAAGCAGGCUACCGUAGAGGAAGUCCCUUUGAUAAAAUCAGAAAGCAAAUACAUUGUUUCGAAAGAAGAAACUGAGCCUACGCUAGAGCAGGUGUCUGAGGUAUCCGAUUGUGUUAGUCAGGGAGUCGAGAGCACGGAAAGUCAAACGAAAGAAAAAGGAAGUCCGGAGAUGAUCGCAGAAGCAAGUGUAGAGGUCCAGAAGCAGAACCAAAGCCAGGAGCAGAGUAGUAGUAGUAUUGUACAGGUCAAGGAUCAAGAAGAGAGUCUAGAGACACAAGUUAGUUUAGCGACGAUUCCAAAGAGGGAACCCCCUCCUGUCAUGAAGAAAAGUGCUCGUAGAAAAGAACCUGCAGUUCAAGUAACAACAGACAUUCAACAAAAGUUGCCAUUUGGUGAGGUCACAGUAGAGGAGAAGGUAGAAUCUCCCAGCGAGAGUGAGAAGUGUUCCCUACAGGCGGAGGUAGAGGUGGUAGCUAAGGAAGUUGAGGUUGAGGUAGUUGAAGGAAAGGAGCCGGCAGAUUCAGUCUUUGAUGAGCCAGAUGAGAUGGACUUUCCACCUCCUCCCCCUCCCUUCAUGACGGAGAGCUUGCCAGAUGUAGUGGCGAGCUGUAACACAGUCACUGAUGUCCAGGAGGAGUCCAUUGUGGCUCUGGAUGUGGAGGAGGUUACGGAAACUGUGAAUGGAGCAACUGUGGCUGGGGCUGUGAAUGGGGAAACUGCAGAUCUUCCUGGCUCUAUCAGAGGGUGUCCCUCCCUCACUCCAGGAGGCUCCUCCCCCACCACCAAUGAAAACAGCCUUGUUGCCCCCUCAAGUAUCUCUCCUCCAUCUCUUAUCAGUGUCCCCCUCCCUUCGCCUGUACAAUUUGAAGAUCCGAUGCACUCUGAGCCUGCUGUGAGUGCCCCCAUUCCACCCCCCGUCAAUGUCCCACCUCUUCUCCCCCUCCCAUUUGAGAACCAACCACCUGCCAGGAGACAGCUCAGCUUGGUGAACAGAGAGACCAGGAGCACAGAGCAUCUGUCUGGGCACAACAGUGCCUCCAUUCCCAAAGAAGACGCCAACAUUCCACUGGUCACACCCUCUCUGCUUCAAAUGGUACGUCUCAGAUCGGUCAACGUCAGUGAAGACCAGAUGAAAACGCCUUCCGACAACAACAAUAAUUACAACAAGGGGAAUCCACCUGCACACGAUCAGAGUCCAAUCCCUACCCAAACUCCUGGAUCCCAGAACACAACACCCCAAAAACCAAUCCGGAAAUCCCCAUGUAUAAAAUCCCCACCUCUGUCAUUGAAGUCAUCAUCGCCGUCGAUAAUGGCCCCCUCCAUGCGCUUGCAGGAAGCCAUCCGCAUGAAGACAGCGGCCAUGUCUUCCAGAGAUGGUCUUCUAACGCGCUUUAGAAUGCCAUCCUCCACCUCAUUCCCCAGUAGCAGCGGUGGUGAAUAUGAGAUGUUAUCCCCAGUGUCACCAGAAGGGGGCGACAUGCUAAAGUCCCCCGCUUCCACGGCUAGCUUCAUCUUCUCCAGGAGCUCAAAGAAGGUCGUUAUAGAAACGCCUGUCGCCUCUUCCUCCCCCGAGAUGCAGGCGAGCCUUCAAAAGAACCGAGCCGCCGUGCUCAUGAAGGUUUCCGACCAAUCGACGGCUUCCACGGUCACUAACGGCAACGCUGGAAGAACCGGGAUUCCGAGGAGGGUUCCACCACCCGUGGCUAAGAAACCAGUUCUUCCAGCGUUGCCGUUAGCGACCUUGGAGAAGACUGUUUUUUCUAUAGGGACGGGUGGUUCUCAGAGUGAGAGGAGCACUCCGUCACCAAGGGGAACAGAAGCUAACGAGGAGACAGAGACGGUGCGACCUGCGGGCCAGAAAGCACUGACAGAGGACCACAAUACAGCAAGUAAAAUGGAGACGUCUAGCAUUGCAGAAGCACCGAUGAAGCCCUUGUGAAAAAAAGACUGCUUUGUGUGGACUGAACUUUUGUGGAUUGGGACUAAGACGGAGGAACAAAGCACCGACUGCAAGACCCAGAGAGACAGAGAGAGAGAGAGACAGAGAGAGAG